GGCAUGGCGGCAGCGUUCCUCAUGGAGAUCAGGCGGGCGACACAGAGCGCGCUGCUGGUUGUCCGCGCGGCGGCGGAGAUCCCCAGCGCGCCGGUGGAGGUGUCGGUGUGCGCGGAUUCCGUGGAAGUGAGGAGCGGCGGGAGCUGCGAUGCGGCGGCGCUGCCGGCAGGGGUCAGCCUGGCGCCGUCCUCGUGCCGCGGGCUCCGGCGCCUGCGCGGGGACGGGCUGCACCUGCGCGUGCGCCUGCGCGGCCCGCCGCCCGCCGCCGAUAUGGUUUUUACUUUGAGGGAAAGCCUGAAACCCAACAAGAAUUACAUCUUUUACUGUCAGUCCUGUGGUGACAUCGUAGUGAGCGACCGGAAAUUUCUCAGAGUUCUUCCUCUACCAAGUGAAAACUGGAGUGAUUUAGUUGAAGAUUGGUGUUGUCACCCUGACCCCUUUGCCAAAAGAACUUUGCACCCUCAGCAUGGUGACUGUUUUGUUGGAGACACUUUUCUUCUGUUGAAUUCAAGAAAUGAAUCACGUGUGCCUGAAUCUCCCAUGUGCUGCUCAGAUGCUGCACGCUGUGUUUCGCAGAGUGACUCCAACUUGAAGUCAAAAGAAGAUACCAGAGUAAUUUGUAAGCGCUGCAAGACAAUGCUGGGAGAAACAGUUUCAUCAGGUACCAUUAAAUAUUAUGUCACUGAGGUGGUUAUUCAAUCAGCUGAGGGAGGUUUCAGUCCAACACCAAGGUCUCAGUUUGUACAGAGCAUUGUUGCUCAGUGUCUUUUGGAAUUAUCCUCUGCAAAAAGCACAUUUAGAUUUACCAUAAAAGGAGAUAAUGGAAAAACCUAUAUUCUGAUCUGGCUUUUAAAUUCUGACACAUUGCUGGUAGAGUCUUUAGGAAGUUCCUCCUCCCACAGUGAUUUUACACUCUUUGGAGAUAUCCUUACACCUAGCUCUGGACCAGUGGGAUCCUGGAAUGCUCUCAAAGUCCUUUACCAGCCAUGCAUUCAAUGCAGAAAUAAGGAGCUUGCUGAUGCAUGGGAAGAUGAUAUGGGAGUUCAUCCUUUAAAGUUUCCAUCAGAAACAUGUUUGGAAUUAUUGUUGAUACUGGGUCUGAGUACCACAUCUCUGCCACCUUCACUUCGAUGCAUGAACUCUUUUCAGGUUGCCUUUUUGAAGAUGUGAAGAACGAAGAUACCUGUGUUGAAAACUGUUGUUAGAUUUAUUUUCAGGAGAAAAGUGUACAGAUAACUUCCAAUAGUGGGACUUUUAGAAGAAAAUCCCCUGGCAAUACAAAAGAAAAUUAGGUGGGGUGGUUGGGUGUAUUUUUCAUAUCUGAAUGUGUUUCAAAACCAAAGACUUGACUUUUGAAUCCAGUGCAUUCUUAGAUGUCAUUGGAAGAGUGACUUACCUGUCACUCCUGUGACAUCCAGCUGGGGUGACUCUUGUCAUGUCUUCACUGCUAAAAGGAAAUUCCCUGUGUAUCUUGUACUACCUUUACCAGUGUUUGAUAGCAAUGUAUAUAUCCUUAGGUAAGUUCACAACUGGUAGUGAAUGUUUUAAAAUGUCAUGGAUACUAAUGUGAGUUCUUCACCUUCUUUGUUCUGGUGAGUUAGAGGUGCAACUUUAAAAUAUAAAAUCUGUUUUUUGUAAAA